GUAAAUUGUUGAUAAGUUAAUUUUAUUAAUUCAGGCGUCCAUUUUUACAAUCGAUAAAGCGAGACAAGGAUUAUGUUGUCGGACUAACUCCCCGUUGUACAUUUCAUGGACUAUUGAUAUAUUGUAUUAUAAUUCGUAUAAUGAAGUUCCACGUUGUCUUAUUGGUGGUUUGUUUAGAAUUCUAUAAAGUAAAUGGAAAUGGGGAUGAUGAACAACAAACGAAACAUAAAAUAAAACCAGAUCUGCCUCCAUCACCAUCCCAGAUUCAGGAUGCAAUCAAUGCAUUGACAGAGGACGCAAAAGAUUUCUGGACUACGCACGCCCAGCCACAGCCACCUUCCGGUGUCCAAACAAUCCAUGAGCGAAAAAAGCGUCAAGUUAAUGCUACUACUCGUGCAGAGAAAAGGAAAAUCCCCAAAAGACGACCUGACGAUACAUUCUGUAGGACCCUUGUUCAAUUCACCCCUCGAGAAGACUGGCGAGAUUCGUUGGAGUAUGGCUACGUUUACGUGAUUGCGGGAUUCACAGAAGCGAAAUGCCUAACUCGGCAAAGUAGAAUAGUCUACGGAAUCUGCAAACAAGAAUACCAAUGGAUCUUUUUACCAGUCUUGAACUGUGAAAUCUUCGCUAAUAAGACUAUAGGUGAAUGCAAGGCUGAUUAUGCUAGUAUACGUUACGCCUCGGGUUGCACGGCGCAUGCCGUAGACGUGCCGUUUUGCGGAGAUGUACAUAGUCCGUUACAGCAGCUUGGACCCACAGCUGACUCUCUUAAUAAAGCUAUUGACAUUUAAUCAAAAUUGUAUACAAAUUAAAUUGAAAUUCAUAGAGUGGAUGCAUUCAUAUUUUCUUAAAUACCUUGGGACAAUACACUGAACGAAACGACUAUGUAAAAGUGGGAACUUUCAUUGGACGUGAAGAUAUACCUAUCUCCAUAGAUUUGGCUACUGGAAUUUGAUUGAAAUCUUUUGAUUGCAUAUCAAAGCCUGCCAAUGCUUGAAUCUUAAUUUCGCUUCUUAAUUACUUGAGUUCGAAAAUUUAUUACAAAAAUGCUUUGAUAAGUAUUCCAAAAAGAUGACUUCAGAUUGCCACACGU